AGGAUUGCAUUAGGGGAACUGCCUGUCCUAGAGUGAGAGAGUCUUGCUUAUCGAUGAAAUGCAGUUAACACACCAGCUGGACCUAUUUCCCGAAUACAGGGUGACACUUCUGUUAUUUAAAUAUGUAAAAAAUGCUGGAGACUUGAGAAAAAAGGCCAUGGAAGGUGCCAUUGAUGGCUCAUUAAUAAAUCCUACAGUGAUUGUCGAUCCAUUUCAGAUACUUGUGGCAGCAAACAAAGCAGUUCACCUCUACAAACUGGGAAAAAUGAAGACAAGAACUCUAUCUACUGAAAUUAUUUUCAAUCUUUCCCCAAAUAACAAUAUUUCAGAGGCCUUGAAAAAAUUUGGUAUCUCGGCAAAUGACACUUCAGUUCUGAUUGCUUAUAUUGAAGAGGAAGAAAAACAAAUAAAUCAAGAAUACCUAAUAUCUCAGGUAGAAGGUCAUCAAGUUUCUCUCAAAAAUCUCCCUGAAGUAACAAAUAUUACGGAAGUCAAAAGAUUUGUAAGCCUGUAUCUUUAG